AUGGACGAUUUGUUGACUGAAAUUCUACUUCGACUUCCCACUGCAAAAUCAGCCAUUGGUUCAAAGUUAGUCUCCAAACGGUGGUGUUCUUUGAUCUCUUCUCGCUAUUUUGUUUCCCAAUUAAUAACCCACCACAUCAAUGGUUCCUAUUCUGGGUUCCCGAAUCCUCCUAGUCUCUUUGUUAACAGCAAUAUGUAUCGAGAGCUUUCUUCUAUAACUGGUAAAAAAGAAGAUCUGAUAUUCACUAAGUCCCCAUUAGAACUCCUUCCAGAGAAAAGGGAAUCUGUUUCUAUUGUGGCAUCAUACAAUGAUUUACUAUUAUGCAGCGAGAUGAAGGAGUAUAAUGGUACUGAUGUUGUUGUUUAUGAUCCCUUUAACAAUGAUCAAACCAUUUUCAUUGAUGGAUCUGAAUUGAGACUCCCUAACAUAGGCAUUGGACCCAGUUACGUUACCAGUCGAUGUCUUGGGGUUUCCCAAGGCAUUUUCCGGCUGCUAAGUUAUAUUCAUGGUGCUGCUCCUGAUCAUUUGAGUGUUUGGGAGGCCAAGGACUAUGAGACCAAAAGGUUGAGCUUGAUCUGUAAGGUUUGCUUUAACGAUAUGAUAUCCGAGGAUUCUUUGGCUAGUAAAUUUGUAAAUGAUGGCUGGCUCAAUGCACAGGCACUGGCUUUCCACCCUAACAAUAAGGAUGUGGUAUACUUGCUCUUAAGGAACCGCAUCAUCACCUGGAAGAUUCAAACCGGAGAGCUGGAAGUGGUUGGUGAGAUUUCGUAUCGAGGUGGCUUCUCUUCUUACAACAGCAUCUUCACAAUUGUACUUCCUUGGUGGCCUACACCAGUUUCCACCGCGCAAAUGCCAAUCUCUAGUGUCUGA